AAAAAGAAAAUUGAUUUAAAAUGAGGAAAGAAAGGGGCGAAGAGAGGGAGAGAGAAGGAGAUGGCUAUAAAUUUGUUGAAAACUUUUCCCAAAGUUCAGACCUCCAUUACUUAUAAACCUUCAACCUCUCUUUUUUUCACCACCAGAAGCUCCUUCUCCUUCCCCUCAUACCCUCCAGUUGCGUUAGCUGUUUGUUCAAUGUCUUAUGAGAAGGAGCUCGCCGCUGCCAAGAAAGCCGCCUCUCUCGCCGCUCGUCUCUGCCAGAAUGUGCAGAAGGCAUUGUUGCAAUCUGAUGUUCAAUCCAAAUCAGAUAGAAGCCCAGUGACCGUAGCUGAUUACGGUUCACAGGCGCUGGUUAGUUUUGUACUGGAAAGGGAACUCCCUUCCGAACCUUUUUCAUUGGUAGCUGAGGAGGAUUCGGGAGAUCUCCGAACUGAGAGUGGCCAGGAAACAUUACAUCGCAUUACAGAACUUGUAAAUGAAACAAUUUCCAGCGAGGGCUCGUAUGGUGCUUCAACCUUAACAGCAGAAGAUGUGCUUAGGGCUAUUGACAGUGGGAAAUCUGAAGGAGGCCCUACUGGUCGGCAUUGGGUUUUGGAUCCCAUAGAUGGGACAAAGGGAUUUCUAAGAGGAGACCAGUAUGCUAUUGCAUUGGCAUUGCUUGAUGAUGGGAAAGUAGUAUUGGGUGUCCUAGCCUGUCCAAAUCUUCCCUUGGGACCAAUUAAUAGCAGUAAUCAGCAUUCACUUCUUGGAGAUGUUGGUUGCCUUUUCUUUUCUACGAUUGGUGCGGGAACAUAUAUGCAGUCACUAACUGGUUCUACAUUAACAAAGGUGAGCGUCAGUGCUACUGAAAAUCCUGAAGAAGCAUCUUUCUUUGAAUCAUAUGAAGCUGCUCACUCUCUGCAUGAUCUUACUAGCUCCAUUGCUCAAAAUCUUGGUGUUAAAGCGCCACCAGUUAGAAUCGACAGUCAAGCAAAAUAUGGCGCCCUUUCCCGAGGAGAUGGAGCCAUAUACCUUCGUUUUCCUCACAAAGGAUACCGUGAAAAGAUUUGGGACCAUGCUGCUGGAUGCAUUGUUGUUACAGAAGCUGGUGGAGUCGUUACGGAUGCAGCUGGGAAUGCACUGGAUUUCUCAAAAGGAAGAUAUUUGGAUCUGUACAAGGGUAUCAUUGUUACUAACCAGAGAUUAAUGCCAUCACUCCUCAAGGCAGUUCAAGAAGCUCUUCAACAGACAGCUUCUUCAACCUUGUGAUUUUUCUUCCCCUGGAGUGGAUUCUGUUCACAUCGUUUUGAGCUCUGAAUCCUUUUCUUCAACCCGCUCAACUCUUCCCUGAAUUGAAACUACAUCAGUUUUUCUGAUAUUGUCCGCUUUGAACUUCAACUGAACAAAAUCUAGCAAAAUAAAGCUCCUGUAUUUGGGUUAUGCUGUCCUUUUAUUAUCAUACCAGUAGACUCAAGUGUGACAUCCUGAGAGAAUGAGGCCAUGGAUUCAAAUUUCAUCGUAAAGAUGUUAAUUUAUAAGUUUUCUAACAACUAGAUACUGUAGGCAAGGUGUAAGUUGAUUGGGUGACAUUCAUGGCUGAAAAAUAAAAGCAAAGUACCUGCCUCCUCACUGCCAA